AUGGACGAAGGCGCGAAGUUCGACAGCUUCGUCGAGUUUGACCGAGCAUUCAGAGAUUUUCAAGUGACUACGAACACUCUUUUUGUCACAAAGGCAAGCAAGACUGUGGACAUUGUGAACUCCCGGCUUUCUGCCGGUCUAACUAAGUUCCAUGCAAAGUUGAAAUUUGCGAACAUAACCUAUGCUUGCAAGCACGGUGGUGCCGUGAGAAAGACGGGGAGUGGAAUUCGUCCGCAACAAAGGACUAUGAAGAAGGGCUGCCCAGCCAAAAUUAUUGUAGCGGCGCGCCGGGCCAGCCAACAGCUAGAAGUCACGGCUGUCAACCUCGAGCACAACCACGAGGUCAGCCCGGAAACAUAUAAGGCGUACUCGGAGUGUCGCCAGCUGAACGAGGAGGAGGUGAACUUCGUUAGGCCCCUAAUAGAGGUGAAUGUCCGUCCUAGCCUCAUCGUGGAGAAGCUGAAACAGGAAACUGUGAUAUUGUCAGGCCUGAUUGAUGACAGCCUGUGCCAAAGGGUGGUGGAUGGUGCGUACAUCCUACUGGAGGAUGACCUGGAAGUUCGUCCCGAAGCCCUCCUCAGUGCUCUGCUGGACUGCAGAGUAUCCCUGCCAAAACUUAAAAAAUACUUCAGUCCUGACGCAUGGGCUCUUUUAAGUUCCUCGGUUGCUAUAAAGAAGGAGAAAGAACUGUGGAGUUGUGGCCUGUGCAAGCAGAUCGACGAUGGGCAAACUAGCAUGGUUUGCUGUGACCAAUGCCUAGAGUGGUUUCACUGGCCAUGUGCUGGGAUCACCAAAGAAGCUGCGAGGAAGUUGUGGUACUGCACUCAGUGCACUUCAAAGAGUUUCACAGCUGCCUUUGAUUGA